CGGCUCGGGGCGGGCGGUGAUGGCGGCGCGCGCCCCCUCGCCUUGAGGCCUCGGCCGGGCGGGCGGAGCGCUGGGCACCGACCCGCCGCUACCGGCACCGCCCGCUGACGGGAAGGGAAGAAGGGAAGGAAGGGCAGGAAGGGCCGCUCGGCUCCCGCGGCGCCGCCCCCCCACUGCCCCCCGGUCCAACCCCCUGCGCGGGGGGCGAUGGCGGCGGGGCCCGGCGGCGGGGCGGCGGGGGGAGCGGGGUGGCGGCUGCCGGGCCGGGUGCUGGAGCUGGUGUUCUCGUACCUGGAGCUGCGCGAGCUGCGGAGCUGCGCGCUGGUGUGCAAGCUGUGGCACCACGUCCUGCACGGCGACGAGAACAGCGAGGUGUGGCGCAGCCUGGCCGCGCGCUGCCUGGCCGAGGAGGCGCUGCGCACCGACAUCCUCUGCAACGUGCCCACAUACAAGGGCAAGGUCCGUGCCUUCCACCACGCCUUCAGCACCAACGACUGCUCCCGGAACGUGUACAUCAAGAAGAACGGCUUCACUCUGCACCGCAACCCCAUCGCCCAGAGCACCGACGGCGCCAGGACCAAGAUCGGCUUCAGCGAGGGCCGGCACGCCUGGGAGGUGUGGUGGGAAGGGCCGCUGGGCACCGUGGCCGUCAUCGGCAUCGCCACGAAGCGGGCGGCCAUGCAGUGCCAGGGCUACGUGGCCCUGCUGGGCAGCGACGACCAGAGCUGGGGCUGGAACCUGGUGGACAAUAACUUGCUGCACAACGGGGAGGUCAACGGCAGCUUCCCGCAGUGCAACAACGCGCCCAAGUACCAGAUAGGCGAAAGGAUUCGAGUUAUCCUGGACAUGGAAGACAAAACGUUAGCGUUUGAGAGGGGCUAUGAGUUCUUGGGAGUUGCCUUCAGAGGACUGCCCAAAGUUUGCCUGUAUCCGGCAGUGUCCGCCGUGUACGGGAACACAGAAGUGACUUUGGUCUACCUGGGAAAACCUUUGGAUGGAUGACGGAUGGUUUCGUUGGGGACGUGACGAUGCGGAUGAUCGGGAGGAGAAAUCUGCAUGUUGGUUAGAGGGAAAGGUGUAUUAGAGAACAAAAUUAAGUGUGGGUGUGUGUCCGAGAACCAUGGAGGGAAGCAGGCAGCGUUCAGACACGGAGGACCAGCCAUACUUCAGGAAUUAGAGCAUUUCCUCUUUCUACCAGGCCAGGAAACAAAAUCCUCAGGGUCGCAGUUGGUUGAGUGGGAAGCUGACACGUGCAUGUUGCAACAGAUUUUCAUUGCUAGGAUGGCAGCGCCUGACCUCACCUAUUGAAGGAAGGAUUUGAUAGAAAAACUGCUUGAGGAAAUGAACCCGAGGUUUGUAAGUAGUGUGUUUUGUGAAAGACUCCCGUUCUAAAACUGCUUGUUCCUCCCCUCCCCUCCUCGGGGCCGACGUUGGUACCGGGGAGAGCUGAGCCUGGUUGGGUUUUAUUUCCACUUUUUAACAUACCAACAAGAGCGGUCUGACCGGGCUGCCCUCCUCUGGUAUAACCAUAUCAAAUGUGUGCAGCUAUUUUUAAGUGUAUUUUAAGAAUUGUAUAUAUAGAACGCGUCGGAAAGAACACUUACAUCCAAAUGAAGGGUUUGCUUUAUUCUAAAUGGGAUAUAAUUUCUUGAAGGGGCUUCAACUCCGAAUAACGUCCAUGUAAGUGUGCAUCUGUUGUGUUGUAGAGCAUUUGGAAGUGCCCUUGUGGAGUGCGGUGCUGCGUGGAUUCGUUUGCUGUGUAGUCUUUGCAGUGCUUUGUACACAGCAAAUAACCAAGUUCUGCACCGGAACAGACCACGUGCAUUAUUACCAUUGAAAGGGAUUUAAAGCAUUGCUUUGUUUGACGUGUUGCUCAGUGCUUGGAGGUGCUCUGGGUAUGGAGCUCGCUUUCUCUUGGCUGUGUUAAAGAGACAAACGAUACGGUGAGAGAUGAUGUUUUAAAUGGUACUGAGAGCAACCGGCUGAUGAAGUGGGACCGGCACCAAGUGAGUACGUUUAUGGCAAACCAGUGAUGAGCGUUGGGUCGGAUUAAACUGCAGGGCUCGUUUGUGAGGAGGGGAAGCAAAAUCCUGUCCUGUUUCAGAGCGUUGUGAUCUUUGCUGAGGUGUGGGUGUGUUCUCUGUAAGACGUGGCUGCUGUGCUGGGUCGUGAGUCCAAUUAGAUGUAAGUAAACCCUGGGAACUUCGGAGGAGUUUUGUUCACAAACAAAGAUUGAUUGCCAUCCUUCAGACUGCGUCUUACCCUAUAAAUUAUUUCCCUCUCGA